CAUGGCGCGGGAGGAGCCGCCGGGCGGGCGGGCGCAGGCGCCGCAGCGCUCGGCCGCAACGCCAUGGCCGGCGGGGGGCCGGCCGCGUUCCUCGGCGCCGUCGCCUGCCUUUGCUUCCUGGCCUCCGCGGCUGAGGGCUUCAAGAAGAGGGGACCCAGCGUGACCGCCAAGGUGUUCUUUGAUGUGAAGAUUGGAGACAAAGAUGUUGGCAGAAUUGUAAUUGGAUUGUUUGGAAAAGUUGUCCCAAAGACUGUGGAGAACUUCAUUGCACUGGCAACUGGAGAAAAAGGAUAUGGAUACAAAGGAAGUAAAUUUCAUCGUGUGAUCAAAGACUUCAUGAUUCAAGGAGGAGACUUUACAGCUGGAGAUGGAUCAGGAGGAAAAAGCAUAUAUGGAGAAAAGUUUCCAGAUGAGAAUUUCAAGCUGAAGCACUACGGAAUUGGGUGGGUUAGCAUGGCUAAUUCUGGCCCAGACACCAAUGGAUCCCAGUUCUUCAUCAGUGUGACAAAGCCUUCCUGGUUAGAUGGAAAACAUGUAGUAUUUGGCAAAGUCCUUGAUGGAAUGUCUGUGGUGCACUCGAUAGAACUUCAGCAGACAGAUGAGCAUGACCGGCCCCUUCAAGACUGUGUGAUUGUGAACAGUGGCAAGAUAGCUGUAAAAGAACCAUUUGUAGUUGAAGUAGGUGACUGGUGAGGCCAACAGUUAGAAUGAAAAGUAAAACUUUAUCACUCUUCUUUAAGGCCUGUUUGAUCUCAAUGAUCCAUUGAGUUUUCUCCUCAAAACAUAUGAGGCUAUAUUUAGACAACAGUUAUAAUUUGCCAAAUACGUAAAAUGUAUGACCAUUUCUGUAACAACUUGAUGGAGCUGUCACUCGUUGAAAUUCAAGACAUAGCCAGCUGACUCCCAGAUCUUGCAGAAGAAGUCUUUAAUGAAAAAUUUUAGAAGUGCUUCGAUUUUUUCAAGGUUUGAAAUACAGACAUUUUGUUCUCUUUGGAAAUUUUUGUGAUAUUUCCUUCUGCCUUCACAACUGAAAGUAUUAU